AUGGCUAUUGACGAAAUACCUGAAACUAAGAAUGGAUCAUAUGGUCCAGAAAGAAAUUCAAUUGAUUCAUCAUCAGAUGAACAAAAUAGUAAUUCACCAUUAACUAAAGAUUUUAUUGGUACCAAAGUUUCAUAUGUUGAAUCUGGUUCUAGUUUAGAAUCUGAAGAAUUUUUAAAGAAUCCAUUUUUAGAUCCAAAAGUAGAAGAAUAUUAUCGUGCAUUAUACGAAGAAUCUAAAUAUGAAAGUUAUCUGGCAUUUGAUCCUCAAUUUGAAUGGACUAAAGAAGAAGAAAAGAAAGUAGUUAAAAAGAUCAAUAUUAGGGUUGCUUUGACUGCUUGUAUUUUAUUUGUUGGAUUACAAGUUGAUCGUGGUAAUAUGGCCCAAGCUGUUCUGGAUAAUUUAUUAGAAGAUUUAGGUAUGACUACAAAUGAUUAUAAUACUGGUAAUACAAUUUUCUAUGUUUGUUUCUUAUUGGCUGAAAUUCCUUCUCAAUUGAUUUCUAAAGCUUUAGGUCCUGAUAUUUUUGUUCCUACUCAAAUGGUUGCUUGGAGUAUUGUAGCCAUGUGUCAAGCAGCAUUAAGUGGGAAGGCAUCUUUUUAUGUCACCAGAGCUUUGAUUGGUAUUUUAGAAGGUGGUUUUAUUGCUGAUUUAGUAUUAUGGUUAAGUUAUUUUUUCACCAGUAAGGAGUUACCCGUUAGAUUAUCUUGGUUUUGGACCACUUUAUCAUUAGUUCAAAUUGGUACUUCAUUGUUAGCCUUUGGUAUUUUACGUAUGAGAGAUGUUGCGGGAAUGGAAGGCUGGAGAUGGUUGUUCUUACUUGAAGGUAUAUUCACUUUAUUAAUUGGUAUUUCCGGAUUUUAUCUUAUGGUUCCAUCAGCUGUGCAGACCAAGAAUUGGAUGCAUCCAAAAGGAUGGUUUACUGAACGUGAGGAGAAAAUUGUUGUUAAUCGAAUUCUUCGUGAUGAUCCAAAUAAAGGAUCAAUGCACAAUCGUCAAGCUAUUACCCCUGUUGCACUUUGGAAAAGUUUGAUAGAUUAUAAUCUUUGGCCAGUUUAUGCUAUUGGACUUGUUGCAUAUAUUGGUACUAGUACUUUCACUUCUUAUUUUACUUUGCUUAACAGACAACUCGGAUUUUCAACUUUCGACACUAACUUGUUAAGUAUUCCACCAGCUGUACUUCAUAUUAUUUUCUUGUUACUUAUCACUUGGUUUUCUGAGAAAAUCAAUGAACGUUCAUUUGUGGCAUUGAUUGCUCCACUUUAUUCAAUUCCAUUAAUUGCUAUUAUUAGAUGGUGGCCAGGAGCUGGUAAACAAAUCUGGUCUACUUAUGUUUUGAAUAUGUUAUAUUUGGGUCAACCUUAUAUUCAUGCAAUUUGUGUUUCUUGGGUAUCUAGAAAUUCGAAUCAUGUUCGAACCAGAUCAAUUUCAUCAGCAGUAUACAAUAUGUUUGUUCAAUUGGGUUCAAUUAUUGCCCUGAAUAUUUAUAGGAAAGAUGAUUUACCUUUAUAUCACCGUGGGAACAUGCAAUUGUUUGUUAUAGCUGUGAUUUUAGUGCCAAUAUUACUUUUAACAAAGGCAUAUUAUGUCUGGCAAAAUAAGAGAAGAGAUAAAGUUUGGAAUAGUAUGUCUGAAGAAGAAAAGCAUGCAUAUAGAAAUACCACUAAGGAUGAAGGGUCAAAGAGAUUGGAUUUUAGAUUUGCUCAUUGA